AUGAAUAGACAAAUAGUAGCUGGCAGGUUUAGGAUACUUAAAGAAAUCGGAUCGGGCUCGUUCGGCAAAAUCUACCUGGGAAUCGACAUCACCAGUGGCGAGGAAGUGGCACUGAAGAUCGAGACCAUCUCGAGCCACCCGCAUCUCAUGGACGAGAAUAAGGUAUACAAGGUGCUGAAUGGUGGGUUCGGUAUUCCGAGCAUGCGCUACUUCGGUCGAGAGCGCGGAUACUUCGUUUUGGUGAUGGACCUGCUCGGCCCCUCGCUUGAAGAUCUUUUCAAUUUCUGCGGCCGUCGCUUGACAAUCAAGACCGUGUUGAUGCUAGCCGAUCAAAUGAUCAGUCGGCUGGAGUAUCUGCAUAAAAACAGCUUCAUCCAUCGGGACAUCAAGCCGGACAACUUCCUGAUGGGCAUCGGACGCCACGCGAGCAAGCUUUAUCUGAUCGACUUUGGGCUGGCAAAACAGUACCGUGACAUCCACACGCGCACCCACAUCUCCUACUGUGAGGGUAAGAACCUGACCGGCACGGCCCGGUACGCGUCGAUCAACACGGGCCUCGGCAUCGAACAGAGCCGCCGUGACGACAUGGAGUCGCUCGGCUACGUCUUAAUGUACCUCAACCGCGGCUCGUUGCCCUGGCAGUGUCUGAAGGCGACCACCAAGAAGCAGAAGUACGAGAAGAUCACCGAGAAGAAGAUGUCAACUUCGGUGGAGGUGCUCUGCCAGGGCUUUCCGCUUGAGUUCGCCUCGUACCUCCACUACUGCCGCAGUUUGCGCUUCGAGGAGGAACCUGACUACAUGUAUCUGAGACAGGUGUUCCGAAUUUUGCUUCGCAGGAUGAACCACCAUCACGACUUCAACUACGACUGGAACGUGCUGAAGCAGCAAGAGAUGCUGCAGGCCAGCAGUGAUCCACCGGCUGAGAGCUCGGGUAAAAACAAACCUAACGAGACGCCGCGUGCCAUGGACGAGUAG